AUGGAUUUGAAGACUUAUCCUUUGGUUGGCAUGAGAGCUACUAGGCUGUCUGGGCUCGGAAGGCUCCUUGGCCGGUAUUCCUUUAGAAUCCUUUUAAUAACCUCGAGUUUCUGCAGAUUUUUCGAGACUUCCGACCUGCGGGAAAGAGCAAGGGUUUGGGCUUAUCACAGCAAGCGCCUUUUCGACAGCCGCACAGAAGCGGUGUCGUUGGCUGCUAUUCAAGCCUGUGUUUUGCUCUGCACUAUUGCUUUCGGCGAGGGCGACAUGGAAAUGGAGUCAUUAUAUGGUGCUCAAGCUAUCCGCAUGGUCCAAUUGAAAGGCUUGCCCGUUGCACUCUCCAGUAGCGCCAUCCAACGAGAAACGGAAAUUCGAGUUUGGUGGACCGUUUGGAUGCUGGACAACUGGGCAAGUGCUGGAGCUCGAAUACCGCGACAGCUUACCGUUGACCCGAACUUUCCGGCCCCUAUGGAGGAACGUGAUUUUGAAAAUCUGGGCCAUGAAGGACCAGCUUUGACCAUGACAACCCCUUCGGACACGGCUGAGGCUGGGCUGCAUCGAUACGGUCUCUGGGCACAAAUGAUUCCUUUGACCGAAGUCAUCGCCCCGAUCAAUGAAAUCCACGAGCUAACCGUACAAAAUCGCCUCACUGAUGACCAAUUAUUCGAGCGCGUCGACCAAAUAUCAUACAAGCUUGAUUCUUGGAAGCUGAAUCUUCCAAGCAGCUUACAUUUUACCCCCGAAGCACGCAAAUCGUAUGCCGCCACGGGCCACGGUCGAAUUCUUGCAGCUCUGCAUACCGGCUUCCACCAUUUUAGUCAAUUGCUAUACUAUCAAUUCCUGCAAGGAAGCAUUUCCAAUACGGCGGGAAACAAUCCAAAGAUAGACGAAUAUGCCAGGCGUUGUCGUCAGCAUGCCGCUGAACUCAGCGACCUUCUUUGGAUCGCGAAGCAGACACCAGGUUGUGAAUGUUCGUGGCCGAUGGUCGGCCAUCUUCUUGCUAUCUCAUCCUCAGUGCAUCUUCAUUCCCUCCUCUUUGACGAUAAUGAGUCCAACCUCGGCAACGCGAAGCAUAUGCUUAAGCAGAACUUUGAGAUGAUGAUAUUUCUACGCCAAUAUUGGCCCAGCAUCGACCUGUCGAUGUCACGACUAUGGACUUUCCAUCAAGCUUGUCAGCAGAGCAUGAAUACGACAUUCACAAUGGACCAUUGGAUGCUGCAAUUUCUCCAGCGAUACACGAAGCCUGUUGGAGACAGAGACGCGUCAAUAUUUUCGGACAUAGGCAACCCCGCCGAUAGUUGUUCAGCAUUGCCUUGGACGAUGGUCAAUCACCGGGAUUCCAAUUUCAGCUAUGACGAUUCCCAGCAGGACCAAUCUGAUCCUAGCAUAGGAUGGAGGUUUUUGAAGAGCUUUAUUUAA